AUGGCUCGCUUCGAGUUGCUGCCUGCUGAGCUCCAGCUUCAAAUAUUCAGUUACCUUUACAGCUCGGACGUCAAGGCUGCGCGCGCCGUCAGCAGAAAGUUGCGAGACAAUGCAACGCCCGCGUUAUUUCGCACCGUCGUUGCGUGUGCACGCUAUCAGGCUAUGGGCGCAUUUCAGAAAGUCGCACUCCACCCAGUCUAUCCAACUUACGUCAAGGAAAUCAUCUUCGAUGGAUCAGUGUAUGAAGCAAGGCUUGCACUAUACGAGCAUGCUUAUAAUCAUGAAGUUGAGGAGCUUCGAGGGGGAUCCCACUGGGGAAAGCGAAGCAGGUGGAAGCGAUACCAGGUGCUGUACCAAGAACAGGAGGAUAUGAAGACUAGCGGUGUCCUUCUACAGACAAUAGCACGAGCAUUGGAGUGGAUGCCCAAUGUUUCCUCGAUUGUGUACUCGCCUCAUCCGCACCUCGUUCCCGUCGAGGCCAAAGAUAUGCGCGAUUUGGUUCCAAGAGGCACUGCCCGUUCCUCUAGUUUUCCGUCGUAUCAAAUGAGCAACGGGUUUGCUGGCGUGCAUCAUCCAUUUCGUCAGCUCAUCGGGGCCAUCUAUCUGUCAAAGUAUGCCGGCAUCCGCGAAUUCACAGUCGAAGCGUAUCAGAAGCAUCAUUCUGGUACGCAAUUUUCGCUGAGUGUCUUCGAUUUCCCAGAGGCGGUCGACCUACAAGCCGGUCAACACUUCUUCCAGCACCUAACGAAACUCGAACUGAACAUAGCGCUUCAGGAGUCUAGGAGUAGAAUGGGUGGUGUCGACGUCCAUCGGAGUCUCAAACAACUCGCCAAUCUGGCCAGUCUCCUCACCGCUACCAAAGAUCUGCGGCAUCUGGCUUUCCACGUUGCAAACUGGAAGUGCUCUGCGAGCCUUAUGUAUGGCUUCAUAAUAUCAGACGAGCAGCCUAUCUUCCGUAAUUUGGGUCUCCGAACAACAUGGGACAAACUACAAUCGUUGAGCCUGGAGGGCAUAUACGCCGACGAAAAAGACUUUACGGAUCUGAUCAAGCGCCAUAAGACUACUUUGAGGUCCCUUGUGUUCGGGAAAUGCAGUCUAUGCUCCGGUGUCUGGGCAGAGAUUGUCGAUGAGGCAGUGUUUGGUUCGAUGACUGCAUCGUUCGUGUUGGAUCGAGUCAACGAGAUACAUCUUCCAGGAGUGGACUGGAUGACACUUAGCACAAUAGAGAAAGAGAACUGGAGGUAUGAAGGCCGCCUUCUGGUGUCGAUAGAUGGCGAGCGAACAUUCAUCAAUACCAAUUCCAGUAAGAAGUCGGUCUACGACUUGCGGUCGUAA